AAGAAGAAGAAAAGAAAAUAAAGAAAGCAAAACGUUAGGAGACAGAGACACCAGACCAAACCCCACAGACAACUAUAAGCAGUUAUAUUGAAGCUUAAGAAACCCACCCCAAUCACCCAAAUCAACCACACCUGUCGGCAGCAACCACAGGUCUUGAGUCCUGUACACAAAAACAAAAUAAAAAAGAAAACAAAGAAGAGAAAGACGGAGUUACCGAAAGAGAAGCAAGAAAGAAUUAUUAGGAACUAAAUGUUGCACAGUGUUUAUGUGUUACAGACAGAGAGAGAGAAAGAGAGAGAUAUCUGAUACUCUACUAGUGUUUCAGAUUCAGAGCUAAAGUGAGUGACAGUGAGUGAGUAAUGUUGGUCCAAGACCGUUCUAGUUCAGCCCCGAAAUCACCGAAAGGUCCGAAAUCCAAGCUCAGAAAUACUUUACAAAACCGCUUCUCUGAGGCCAAAGCUCUCGAUUUCUCAACAUGGUUUUCCGACAACCUUUACAAGAUCAUCACCGUCCUCCUCCUCAUCGCCACCGUCGCCGCCCUCUUCUUCCUCCGAAAUGUCGGCGACACUGCCGCUCUCCUCUGCUUCGAAACCCAGGCCAAAAACCUCGAGAAGAUCCAAUUCCCCAACGUUAAUUGGAAUUCAAUUUCACCCAUUACCGACAAGUCCCCUUACGUUAAUUUCCGAACAGAGCGCUGGAUCGUCGUUUCGGUCUCCAAUUACCCAACCGAUUCGCUCCGAAACCUCGUCAAGAUCAGAGGCUGGCAAGUCCUCGCCAUCGGUAAUUCCAAAACGCCAUCAGAUUGGUCCCUCAAAGGUGCGAUUUUUUUGUCUUUGGAACAACAAGCACAGUUAGGUUUUCGUGUUGUGGAUUUUCUUCCUUAUGAUUCUUAUGUUAGAAAAACUGUUGGGUAUUUGUUUGCGAUCCAACACGGCGCGAAGAAGAUCUUCGACGCCGAUGAUCGUGGAGAUGUGAUUGAUGGGGAUUUGGGUAAGCACUUUGAUGUAGAAUUAGUCGGGGAAGAUGCUAGGCAAGAGGUUAUAUUGCAGUAUAGUCAUGAUAAUCCCAAUCGGAGCGUGAUUAACCCGUAUAUACAUUUUGGGCAGCGGUCCGUUUGGCCUAGAGGGUUGCCAUUGGAGAAUGUGGGUGAAAUUGGGCAUGAAGAGUUUUACACUGAAGUGUUUGGUGGGAAACAGUUCAUUCAGCAGGGGAUUUCUAAUGGUUUGCCUGAUGUUGAUUCCGUGUUUUAUUUCACGAGGAAAUCCAGUUUGGAAGCGUUUGAUAUUAGGUUCGAUGAGCACACCCCGAAGGUGGCGUUGCCACAAGGAAUGAUGGUGCCGGUCAAUUCUUUCAACACGAUUUACCAUUCUUCGGCGUUUUGGGGUUUGAUGCUUCCUGUUUCAGUUAGCACAAUGGCUUCUGAUGUGUUGAGAGGGUAUUGGGGACAGAGGCUUUUGUGGGAAAUUGGUGGUUAUGUUGUAGUUUAUCCCCCAACGGUUCAUCGAUAUGAUAGGAUUGAGGGAUACCCAUUUUCAGAGGAGAAGGAUCUUCACGUGAAUGUUGGCCGUCUGAUAAAGUUUUUGGUUUCGUGGAGAUCAAAUAAGCACAGAUUGUUUGAAAAGGUUUUGGAAUUAAGUUUUGCAAUGGCUGAGGAGGGGUUUUGGUCUGAUAAGGACUUGAAGUUUACAGCUGCUUGGCUUCAGGACUUGCUGGCUGUUGGAUACCAGCAGCCGAGGCUAAUGUCACUGGAAUUGGAUAGGCCACGGGCAAGUAUCGGUCAUGGAGAUAGGAAAGAAUUCGUCCCACAAAAGUUGCCAUCCGUUCAUCUUGGGGUAGAGGAAACAGGAACAGUGAAUUACGAGAUUGCAAAUUUGAUUAGGUGGAGGAAGAAUUUUGGGAAUGUUGUGCUUAUUAUGUUUUGCAAUGGGCCUGUGGAGCGUACUGCUCUUGAAUGGAGAUUGCUUUAUGGGCGAAUAUUCAAAACGGUGAUUAUUUUUUCAGGGGCAAGGAACCCAGAUCUUGCUGUUGAACAAGGCCAAUGGGAGCAACUAUACAAGCACUUGCCUAAGAUUUUUGAUAGAUAUACCAGUGCAGAAGGAUUUUUAUUCCUUCAGGAUGAUACGAUUCUUAAUUACUGGAAUUUGCUACAAGCAGACAGGAGUAAAUUGUGGAUUGCAAAUAAGGUCUCCAAGUCUUGGACUACUGUGUCAACCAAUGGCAACUCAGAUUGGUUUUCAAAACAAGCAGACAUGGUAAAGAAAGUUGUUAGCAUGAUGCAAGCUCACUUCCAGGUCAAUUAUAAGGAAAGCAUGACGGAUAGCCAGAGCAUUGCCAUAUACAGUUCUGAGGUAUUCUACAUUCCCCGGCGCUUUGUAGCUGACUUUGUCGAACUUGUUAAUUUAGUGGGUGGUCUAGAAAUCCAUCAAAAGGUUGCAAUCCCCAUGUUCUUUGUAUCAAUGGAUUCACCACAGAAUUUUGACCCAGUGCUUAGUUCAAUGAUCUACAAGCAAAAACCACCUACAAAUAAUUCAUCAACACUUUAUUCUGCUCAAGCAACUGCAGUUCAUCCAUGGAAUGUGUCAAGUGAACAAGAUUUCAUAAAGCUUAUCAGAAUAAUGGCAGAAGGUGACCCUCUCCUAAUGGAGUUAGUAUGAAGUUAAUGUGAUACUAGAAACAACAGCAAGAGAGAGGAAGCAAGAAACAUGUUCCACUUUUGUUAACAGUUAUACCAAACUGUAUCUUCUUUUUUUUUCUUGUAUUUUUUAUUGAGGGAGGGGAGGGUUUUUCUUUCUUUUCUUUUUCCUUUUCUUCUUUCCAUUUUUGUAGAUUUACCUUGUAUGAUUCAUUACUGAUUGGAGAUUCCCUCCACAGAAAAAUGUAAUCUUUUUUUCUUUUUGCUCAUGAAUAUAUGAAAAGAGAAUUGUAUUUAACAUUGACAA